GUUUGUGCACGGUUUGGCAUUGAUAAUGUCUUUGGCGAUGGAAGUGAAAUCCUGUUUUAAAGACCGCUUCGUGUCUGUAAGCAUGGAAAGUGUGUAUGUGUGUGUGUGCCCGCGCGCGCGCGUGUGUGUGUGUGCGUGUCGGUGUAUUCUUGUGCGUGUGUGUGUGUAUGUGUAGAGGACAAGAAUCUCUGUGUGAUGACUAUAUAUGUUGUUUUGGAUACUAGAUGCGGUGACAUUUGGCGUCCUGCACACUUUACUGAUCUUAAAGACUGGUGUUUAAAACAUGUCCAUGUUUACUACUGCCGCAGUGAAGUAAAUGAUGCACUGUAUCACACUUCCCACGCAAUAUAUUCAGAAUAAUCCGUGUAAAAUCGUGCAUCCAUCAUUUACAGAAUCCAUGCACAUCUUACUGUGGGGUGUGUCUGGACUGUGGCACAUAUCUGUGUUUGCAGAUGAGCGUGGUUCGAGGGUUCGUGUUUCACUGCCUCAUUAUAAUUGGAUCAGAAACAGCCUUUAAAAAUAUCUGCCGCGUCGGGUCACUAAAUGUCACCUGUUAUCCUUAUUAAUUAUGAUAAUCAGGUUAAGGCUCGUGUGUUUAUGUAUCUGAAUGGAUUCAGGUCUGUCUGUGCACACCCAUUUUACAAAGCACUGCAAUCAGAGUUCUUACAUUUUCUGUAAGUUUCAGCAAGAGAUAAGCAAGAAAAAGGAGAAUGGUCGUUCUGUUUGCUUUAAAGAAUGGCCAGUCAAAUGUAAAAUGCAUUGGACUAUUUGAUGUAUGUAUUGAUAAACCAUAAAUAUACUUCCUGAUAUUUAUUUAAUAUUUAGUUGAAACAUACUGUAGAGUAGAAUGACCAUCCGCAAAUGUAAGUUUUUCUUACAAACUAUGGCACUCUUCUAUGAAUGUGAUAGCAUGGCAUUAACAUAAUAUAUAAUAUAUGUGUGUGCUCCUAUAGUGUUUUCACACCUACCCCCCUGCUAAACAAGAGCAGCUAAUACACUUCUGUUGUUUAAAGUAUAGCUAAUUAUAUUAACACUACUUUUUUAAAUAAAACUUUUUAUGAAUAUAAUAUUACGUGUUAUCUAAAAUGGGAAGCAACUAACACAUAACAAUAAAACAUAAAUUCUGGAUUAUUAUUUUUUAGCAAUGCCAUACAAGUGGAGAGUGUCGUGAUAGUUUUGAAUAAAUUGGUCGUGGACAUUCACAAGAUUACAGUAAAAUAAUUACUUUAAUUUAUAGACUGUCUAUUUAUUUAGGGGUCAACAACACAUCAGUCCAGAUGUGGUCCUUAAAACUACAACAACAUCAGGUGUUUUCGGCAAAUGCGGCUUUUAAAAAACAUUGUCUUAUCUUUGUUUUUAUACAUUAUUAUAUUUAACUUUGUAAUGCGUUUUAUUUAACACAACCUUUGCUGGUCUAGUCCAGAAAAAAAUGAUCAAAUUAUAACCAUUAAUUUAUGCAACACAUCAACUUCCUUUAUUAUUAGAAAAACACGGCUAGAUCUGAAAAACAUUUUUAAGAAGUCGAUUUAUUGAUUCCACACGUGUAGAAAUUGAAAAUAUUGUUGAAUCAAAAUAGGCCAGCUGAAUUUAUUAGUGCUUGUUGGACACAUUAGUUUCGAAUGAGCUUCAACUGAUCCCGUUAAAUCAAUCAAUUAACACUUCCAGUUACUUAUUUCAUCCAAAGUGUUGCUGUAAUUGUAUCUUUUCACUCUACUUUCAAUUGAAAGAAAUUGAUCCGCUAAUGUAAUCUAGAAUCGAUUGUUGCAUAUUUCAAUCACCCCCUUUCCUGAAAGCAUUGAGACCGGUGAAUCUUACAGAUAACAAUAAUCCAUAUUUCAAAAAGAAAUAUCUCAGAGGCCUUAUUUUAAGGCUUGCGUCUUAGAUAUUAAAUUGUUUCCCCUUUGCCGUUUAAUGUGUGAAGGCUCAUCCAUUAGUGGACACUCAUAGUACAUAAAUAAAUCAUUGUUGAAUUGAUAUACUGUAAUUAUAAAUCAAAAGAAUUAAUAUAAGCCCCUGGAGAAUUAUGUUCGUAAAAGUUUCUUGUCUUUUAAAUUUAAUACCGCGCUGUUCACAAGUUUUGCAUAUAUAUUUCACACAAAACAAGUUAUAAUUAAUACACUGAUAAUUACUAAUAAUAAUAAUAAGAAGAAGAAGAAAAAAUAUGACAAUAUGAAAAUCACUUUAUAAUUUGUAAGAAUAUCUAAGACAAAUAUACGAUUUAAAAGCACAUUUUAAUUAUAAACCAAAGUUUUUGUGUGCCUGUCAGUACAACGUACAGUGGACAAGUCUUUCUGCAUAAUUAAAAAAGAAAAUAUUUUAUUGCGCAAUAUAAAAGAAACAUACGUCAACAAUCAAACAACGAUUUAAAUCUUUACUUCAACCACGUUUAUAUGUUUAUCAAAAACAGUAAUAUUUACAAAUAUGUAUUUAUAAAUUAGCACUAACCUGUCUUGUUAAUGUUUGGUUCUGAAUCGAUCGGCGCUGCAGUUUAGUGACAUUACAGUGCUCAGGUUUGCCUUUGAUUCAUAUUUAAAGUAGAAGAGCUUUAAAACUCUUCUCCACAUAUAAAAAACACAGGCGCCCAAUUAACGAUUUGAGGAAAAGUUCAGGGCAGAAGUCUUUAAAUAAUUGAAUAUUCUUUGUGAGUGAGUGCACCUACCCCAUUAAGAAAUGUUAAACGAAGAGUAUUUUUUAUAAUCGAUAUUUUCCUCAUUGGCACUCCCUUCUCUGUCUCAUCUAUGUUCCUUUAAAUCAGCUUAUGACAUAACUCGUAGUAACAUUUAAACUUGCUUUGAGAAUUCUAAAAACAUAUUUUAUUUAUUUUUAUCAUAUUUUAUUUUUAUGUUAUUUAAAAAAAUAUUUUCUUCUAUUUUACAGACAUCUAAUAUAUUAUAGAUUUUUUUUAUUUAAUAUUUUAAAUGACAAUUUUUAAUUUAACUGAAUAUUUGUUACAAAAAAUCAAUUCCACAUAAGAUUUUAAAUUUAAUAAACAGUAGGAAAAUUAUUAAUAUUGAUAUGAAAAAUGUUUGCAUUUAAUAAUUUUGUGAGAUUGAUUUCUCAUAUUUAUGUGCGUUUCUCUUAUGUCAAUAUUCUUGUCACCGAUCAUGUAUACAGUUAAAAGGCAUGUAAAUUCAGGUUUUAGAGGCUAAAAGACAAAUAUAGGUGUAGGCCUCAACAGAAAGACCCUCCAUAAACCCCCACACAUGCACACCCGCGCGCACACACACCGCUGGGCACGUCACGGAGACACGAGUGCGAAUGAAAAAUAUCGACCACUAUGAGAAUGUGCGCAGAUGUGGCUUGCUGCUAAAUUUCGUGCUUGAAUACGAUCUUUUUCAUCAAAUUAAUGGUCGAUGGUGAUAAUGCAAAGCCUGCACUGUACGGCUUGCCCUUUUGUUUAUGUGAAAAAAAUGAUAGCGUUUUGUGUUAGUGUUUGUUACCACUACUGUAAAUCACUGUAAAUAUGUUUCUUUUAUUUUUAAAUAAUAAUGUAUUUUUUAUAAUAGGCUAUUUCAUAUAAAACUGUUUUUUCUCCUCUGAAUAGACUUCUGACUAUACGAAUUAUUAUACUUUACCUUUCAAUACAAGCCUUAAUAAAUAUUGUAAUAAUAAUUAUAAAUAGUACGAGUAUGUCUUGUCAAAUCUUCAUUAACGAUCUGAGUUGACUUCUAAUUUGUCGCAAUUUAACUGAUUCAUUCUUUUCAUUGUUCUUCUUAACUCGUUAAUCUUUGUGGUAUUGUUCUUGACCCUGACAGAUGUAUGUGUGUUUUGUCACUAAGCAGGUCCAUAAGAAUCAAGAAAAAGUCUGAAAAAGUUAAUCUGUCGCUCUCCCUCGCAGCUGUUAGCUUCAGGAGUCUUGAAGCGUCACCUUUGACAUGUCCCCAACGAGCGCGAGCGGGGCCCAAAAGCAGGGGCCCCUCAGGACUGACCGCUGCAAGCUGUCACCCCACCCGGGCUUGGACGCUUUCGCCGGGAUCUUAACUGUCCAGUUAUCUCAUUCUCUCGCUUGAAUGCAUAUGAAACUGACUUUUGGAGUCGAAUUUAACUAAUAACAAUGUGAAGUCGUGCAAGGUGAUAUCUCUGUGUGUAUGGGUGGGGAGGGUUUUUUAUAACUGUCCUGAUAUUAUUUAUGUAAUGUAUUUAUGUAAUGGCAACCCUCGUAUUGUGAUUUGCGUUGUUUUUAUUUGUGCAAUUCACACUUUUUAAAUACAUGUGCAACGCGAUGCCAUUAAAUAACUUUUUUUUUUUUGCGGUAGGCUAUGUUUAUAAAGAACCUUUAACAUCAGCAUAACAUUUCUGUCUUACCAAAGCUUCUUUGUAGUGGCAAGCAGGUUCUUAAAACUAUAAAACGGUAAUGAGAAGUGGUUCUUUCAAGAACAUGGGACUGAAUGGUUGGGGAACCAAAAAUGGGUUUAAUUUUAAUUUAAUUUUACAUUACAUUUUUGAGCACUUUAAUUUUAUUAGUGUAUAUUGUAAAGAUUUUUGUGUGUUUUUUGUGAUUUGUUUUCAAACUUUUGUUUUGUAGUCCAAUAGCCCCACAAAACAGCUUUCGUCGAUUUGAUAUGUUUUUCUUAAAAAUAAACAGGGUUGCCCUGCUCAUUUAGGUCCAGAAUGAAGUUCACCCAUGAAACGUAAUGUGCUGUGUCAUUAUUCCGCCAGGCCACGGAAGCGGGACUCACUCCUGAUGGCUUGGUUCGUUACUCUUAAUAGCACAACAAUAGAAACAUCUGUCCAGCCUUUCUCUGCCUAUUACCAGUCCGUCUGUGCCUGAUCCCUCUAAAAGUCCAACUCUGCAUGCUACAGGAUGACUCACAUUCGGCAAUCUGUACUUUGGGAUGUUUGGAUUUUUUGUGUAAAAAUAAAGUAUAUGUUAUAAUUAGUGUCUGAUUUAUUUAAUUGCUUGCAUUUUGAAAAUCACUAUAUAAUAUUUGCAUGUAUUGUAUAGCCUAUCUUUUUGCAGUCGUACCUGAAUGUAUGUAAACAUUAAUUUGAAUGUUAAAUAUGCAGAGCCCUCAGGUAAACCCGGAAAUAUGUUUACUGCAUCCAUUAAGGAGGCUCUCUUAAUAAAUUGCCUUUAUUUCAUUUAUUAUAGUCGUUUAGGAUCGGACUUUAUAUUGUUCAUCCAAAUAAUUAAAACACUUUUGUUGGUAUUUUAUGUAUAAUGGUUGAUGUGAGGUUAUAGGCUACUCAAGCUACAGUAUAUGCCCAGGAGGAGGUAUUCCUGUUUAAUAGAAAUGGGGUGCAACUUCCUUAAUAAGUGACGUCAGAGGGCUGGGAGCAGCGCGCAUGCUCGGGAGUGUGGAGCGGCAGCCGCAGCACUGAGCAGCGAGCGAAACAACAGCAGACAUGGCAAGAGAUGGCGAGGGACGCGAGCACACUGACACCAUGCACUGCUGAAGGAACGGGGGCCUUAACAUUUCUUCACCGAGGCGGUCAGAAAAAUUACAAAACUUUAUAACACAUACCAAAAAGAAAAGAAAAAAAUAUAAAGGAAAGAAACAGUAUUUAAGACAAAAGAGAUAUAAAAAACGGAACUUUUUUUUUCUGAUGAGCGCACUUCUUUGGACACUGCUCCGCUAUAUCAGAUAGAUGAUUUGUCCACUCGCUUGCACGUAUAAUGAACGCCCAGCUGUCUAUGGAGAACAUUGGCGAUCUGCACGGAGUCAGCCAUGAACCCAGCGCAGCGGAUCUCAUGACCGGAGACAGCUCUCAUCACAGAAGCCAUCGGAGCAGUCUGUCAGCCCAUGCGCGCUCCAUGGGUAUGGCAUCAAUCCUGGACAGCGGCGACUAUCAUCACCACCGGCCCCCGGAGCACCCCGGGCUCGCCACCCACCUGCACCCGGCCAUGGGUAUGGCGUGCGAGGCUCCCCCCGGAAUGAGCAUGAGCAGCACCUACACAACUCUCACCCCGUUACAGCCCUUACCGCCGAUCUCCACCGUCUCCGACAAAUUCCCCCAUCACCAUCAUCACCACCAUCACCACCACCAUCAUCACCCGCACCAAAGGAUUCCGGGCAACGUCAGCGGGAGCUUUACCUUGAUGAGGGACGAUAGGGGUCUGGCCCCGAUGAACAAUCUUUACUCUCCUUACCACAAGGAUGUGACCAGCAUGGGACAGAGCCUAUCGCCCCUGUCUGGGUCUGGACUGAGCGGCAUCCACAACUCCCAGCAAGGUCUGCCGCCUUACGCGCACCCCGGGGCCACCAUGCCCGCCGAGAAGAUGCUUACGCCCAACGGAUUCGAGGCACACCACCCCGCGAUGCUGGCUCGACACGGGGAGCAGCACAUGAGCGCGUCCUCGGCGAGCAUGGUACAGUUAAAUGGCAUCCAUCACCACCCUCACGCCCAUCUUAACGCCCAGGGCCACGGCCAGGUGCUGGGCUCCACACGGGAGCAGAACCACUCUUCCAUGCCCGGAUCGCAGCUCAACAACGGCAGCAAUUCGGGUCAGAUGGAAGAGGUCAAUACCAAAGAAGUGGCCCAGAGGAUCACGACGGAACUGAAAAGAUACAGCAUCCCGCAGGCUAUCUUCGCGCAGAGGGUGCUGUGCCGCUCGCAGGGGACGCUUUCGGACCUGCUUCGGAACCCUAAACCGUGGAGCAAGCUCAAGUCCGGCCGAGAGACCUUUCGCAGGAUGUGGAAAUGGCUGCAGGAGCCUGAGUUUCAGAGAAUGUCAGCGCUCAGGCUCGCAGGUGAGAGAACAAUAGCGUGCAAGAGAAAGGAGCUGGAGCACGGUAAAGGAGAGCGGGGGAGCGUCUCCAAGAAGCCCCGGUUGGUCUUCACCGACGUCCAGCGUCGGACUUUACAUGCAAUAUUCAAAGAGAACAAGCGCCCGUCCAAAGAGUUACAAAUCACCAUCUCUCAGCAGCUGGGUCUGGAGCUCGCGACCGUCAGCAACUUCUUCAUGAACGCGCGUCGGCGGAGCCUCGAUAAGUGGCUGGACGACGGCAGCUCGAACCCGGUCAACUCCUCAAGCACUUGUACCAAAGCAUGAUGGAGAAAAAACAAACAAACUUCGGUGGAAAAGCUUUAAACAAAGAACACUUACAAAGAGACAAUUUUAGACAGCGUUUUGCCCUUAAAACUUGUACAAAAACGAUAUUUAUAAUAUCCAAAGAGAAAACACCAAAGACUCCUUUGACCCGCAUUUAGGACUUUGUUGAUCCGUGUCUGACAUACUGCAAAAAAAAAAAAAAAAAAAUGAAGUUACACUCCAAUCACUGGUCGUGCCCAUCUCAACACACCUCCCCCUGUGUCUCUUUUAACGUGAUACAUUCACGGACUUAUUCCUCGUCAACAAUUGACAUUUGUCUCAAACGUGGAAUGAUUUGUUGUUAUUUACGCCGAUGUCAGAUCCUGUGACGUCACUGAGGCGGGUCACCUGUGCGUUUGUAGACGUCCCUUAAAGUCAAUAGGCCCUGAAUGCGUAAAUAUGAUUAGCUGGUGUGAAAUCUUGACACGGGUUGCCCUCAGGAUAGUGCUUUCUUCCUAUUUGUUAGAAAAGUAACCCCGAGAAUACAUAUGCACUUGCCAUCUUGACUCAAUCACAGAUGGUAGAACCAAAGAAACAUGUGUAUUUUUAAAUCAGGCC